CUUCCUAAAUUUGCUCCCUCUUUGUGAUCUUCCUCCAUUAUUCUCUCUCUGUGUAUCUCUCUCACCUCUCUCCUCUCUCCUCCCUCCUCCCUCCUCCUCCUACCAAGAAUGGGGAAGAGGGACGUUGAGGCCGGCGUAGGCGGCUCUUUCUACCACUACACACCACCACCACCACCCAUCUAUCCACCUCCUAGGGAGUCAUAUCUUUCAUGGCUAGUUCCCAUCAUCUUCGUCGUCGACGUCGCUUUAUUUGCUUUAACAAUGUAUGAAAAUAACUGCCCUGAGAGCCUUGAUGAACCUGCUCACACAUGUGUGUUUUUUGACCAUUUGGGCAGGUUCUCUUUUGAACCCCUCCACAACAAUCCCCUCCUUGGCCCUAAAACUACUACGCUGCAGAAUAUGGGAGGACUUCGGGUAGAGCUAGUACAGGAGGGUGAAUGGUGGCGGCUACUCUCUUGUUUAUGGCUUCAUGCAGGUUUAAUCCAUUUGAUAGCUAAUAUGAUCAGCCUUCUUUUCAUGGGAAUCCGUCUUGAAGAGGAAUUCGGCUUUUGGAGAGUAGGACCACUAUAUGUGCUAUCUGGAUUAGGAGGAAGUUUGAUGUCGUGUGUGAAUGUUCUUCGCAAGCAAAGAGUAGGGGUGAUUUCAGUUGGUGCCUCAGGUGCACUUUUUGGACUUCUUGGUGCCAUGCUUUCUGAGCUCAUCACUAAUUGGACUAUUUAUGCCAAUAAAUGUUCAGCAAUAUUAUCACUUAUAGUGGUAAUUGCCUUGAACUUGGCAGUAGGAUUGAUUCCAGGGGUGGACAGUUCAGCACAUAUAGGUGGAUUUGUUUCAGGGUUUUUGCUGGGUUUUGUUCUUCUCAUGCGACCGCAAUUUGGUUAUGUUAGCAGCAAGUACCUUCCUCCUGGUUAUAAACAGAAAUCCCGACACAAGUGCUACCAGUAUUUCUUCCUCCUACUCGCGCUCAUCGCCUUAAUUCUUUGGUAUGGAUACGGGUUUGCAGAGCUAUAUAAGUCAAUUGACACCACAGAUAGAAUAGAUUUAGUUUAAUAGACUAAUCCUACCAUGGGCCAAAAAAAAUUCACCAUCAUUUUAUUCUGAAUGUUCUACAUGGUGACAAAAUACUCGAAGUGGAUCACAAAAACAAAGGAAAUCCGGAUUCUGGCAAACUUUUAUCAACAUCAGAAAAUUUAUCCGAACUCCUUAAUUAGGUUGCCUGUAUAUCCGCCCUAUGUUUUAUUCUUCUCAUUUCUUUAAUUUCAUUCUCUGUGUUAUGUUGAUUUUGUGGUUUCAGUAGCUGUGUAGUUCUUUGCAUAUUCUUUUCUUUGCUUUUGUAGUUUUCUUGUGUAGUUAGCUAAGUGAACGAAAAAAACUUGUUCUGUUUCUCAAAACAUUCAGCAAAUAACAUAUUCAAGAAAGUUGUA